UGCAAAAUAAAAUAUAGUCAUGUCAACCUCUAUUACCAUUCCUUCUGCAUGCGAUUUCCAUGUCCAUCUUCGUCAAGGAGAGAUGAUGCGCAUGGUCACCCCCAAGGUGGUUGAGGGUGGUGUGUCUCUUGCAUAUGUCAUGCCCAAUUUGCAACCCCCAAUCACAAACACUGAUCAAGCUCUGGCUUACAAGAAAGAGCUUGAGGCACUUGCCCCAGAAGUUACUUUCUAUAUGACCCUCUACCUCUCUCCAGAGCUUACACCUGAAGAGGUCCGCAAAGCCAAGAAGGCCGGAAUUGCAGGUGUAAAGUCCUAUCCCCGCGGUGUGACUACCAAUAGUGACAGCGGCAUUGAGAACUAUGAGAUCUACUAUCCUGUGUUCAAGGCCAUGGAGGAAGAAGGCCUUGUUCUCAAUCUUCACGGCGAAGUACCCAGCGACCACAAUGCCGACAUUUGUGUGAUGAACGCCGAAAUCAAGUUCUUGCCCGAACUCGAGAAGCUUCACAACGCAUUCCCAAAGCUUAAAAUUGUUUUGGAGCACGCUACAACUUCGGCUGCUGUUGAGCUAGUCAAGAGAUUGGGAGACACUGUCGCCUGCAGUGUCACUGUCCACCAUUUACAGCUUAUUGUUGAUGACUGGGCUGGUCAAGUACACCAUUUCUGCAAGCCUGUUGCAAAGUACCCCCAUGAUCGUGAUGCAUUGAGACAAGUUGUUGCACAAGGACAUCCUCGUUUCUUCCUCGGUACCGAUUCCGCACCUCAUCCU